UGCUGUUUGCUGUGCCUAUGUCAAGUCCGCAAUAUUUAUGUAAUUCAAAAUAAAAAUUCUAUGUUAUAAAAAUAAAAACGCGGCCAGUUUAAUCGUUCGUAAAUAGUAAACUAUUCAAAAACUCCAUCAUGGGAACAGUACACGCAAAGGCGGAGCACGGCCAGGGUGACAACGAGGUCCUGGGCAGUAACCUGUUCGAGUUCGGAGUUGAAGAGCCCAUGGAGCUGGAGGAGCCAAAUAUCCAGCGGCCCGGCAUCAAACUCGGCGGUGUGCGGGCACGAGUUGACCGGGUCCACGUAGACGGCCUGAGCCGGACCAAGGAUGACGUGAUCCGGGGAGCGGUGGACGACUUGUUCCAUGCUACGGACUUUGAAGACGUCAUACUGCGCGCACAUAAGGUGCGCCGCGCUCUGGACGCGAUGGGGUGCUUCCGCGACAUCGCCGUGCUGAUCGACGUGUCGUCCGGCCCCGGCGCCACGCCCGAAGGUCUAGAGGUGACGUUCCAGGUGAAGGAGCUGUCCCGCAUCGUGGGCGGCAUCAACACCACCGUGUCCGAGAACGAGGGCAACCUGGUGCUGGGGGUAAAGAUGCCGAACGUGCUGGGCCGCGGGGAGCGCAUCCAAUCCGAGUACUCUCUAGGAUACCGGAGCUCUUCGAAUUUCAGCAUCACGGCGACCAAACCUUACCCGCACAAACCUAGGACACCACUGCUGUCAGCGCAGGUGUACCAGCAGAACUCCGAGUACCCGUGGUCGGGGUACCGGCUGCUCGACCGCGGCCUGCUGCUCGGCGUGGCCUUCAACACUUCGCCCGCGACGAAGCACCAACUUCAAUGGGAGGGCGUGGUCCGCGACACGUCGGUGCUCAGCAAGACCACCAGCUUCAAGAUCAGAGAGAGCAGCGGGCCUCAAAUGAAGUCGGUGAUCCGUCACAUCGUGUCGGUGGACCACCGGGACGAGCCCAUCUUCCCGACCCGAGGGUCGUGGGUCCAGUUCUCGAGCGAGGUGGCCGGGCUGGGCGGCGGGGUGGCGCAUCUCAAGAGCGAGCUCAAGGCGCAGACCAACCACGAGCUGGCCGAGAAUGUGGUGCUGCAAGUAACCGGCGCUGCAGGCGUCCUCCAUGAUGUCUUUGGGACAGAGAUAGCUGACCACUUCUUCCUCGGAGGACCCACAACACUUCGAGGCUUCAGGUCCAGAGGAGCCGGGCCUCACACCGAUGCUCAUGCUUUAGGCGGCCGGAUGUACUGGGCGAGCGGCGUGCACCUGUACACCCCCCUCCCCUUCCGACCCGGGCGAAGCGGACUGGGGGAGCUGUUCCGGUCCCAUGUGUUCGUCACCGGCGGCUGUCUCGCUUCCCCAGAGGAGUCCGGGGCGUCACCCUGGGACGCGUUGUCGGCCGUCCGCGUGUCGUGCGGCGCCGGCGUGGCCCUGAGACUGGGCCGGGUGGCGCGGCUCGAGCUCAACUACUGCACGCCCGUGCUGGCUCGGAGCGGCGACAUCGCCCAGCCGGGGAUCAGCUUCGGAGUGGGCGCCGACUUCCUGUAGCCACGUGAGUGCACACACACACACACACGCAC